AAAUUGUUAGUUAUACCUGAGCUUUCGCAGAACAGCAGGCGCUGCGUGAAAUCCUCGCGUGUGGGCCCCGUCAUCCCGUCUUUCUUGACGCACAGCUUAGAAGCGAGAGAUCCACGAUGCCACUGCGACAACUCUUUCCAAACCCAGAAGAUACCGCGGAUGAUACAGCCAAAGUUGACGUGUUUGCCAUCCACGGACUGAAUCCGCGGAGUAAGAGCGAUGUAGAUCAUGCCUGGGAUACAUGGCGCACCCCUUCUGGUGCCAGCGGGCGCUUGUGGCUCCGCGAUGAUCUUCCCCGCUACCUUCCAGGCGCGCGAAUCUUCCUAUACGAGUACAACGCGACGGCCGUGUACGGCAAGGAUCGGGACACGUUUGUCGGCAAGGCGAACGAGCUCCUCGAAGCUAUUCGCAUCAAGAGGAUCGAUCAGACAAGACGAUACUCCUGCUGGGGCACAGCAUGGGUGGGCUGCUGAUCAAGCAGGCACUGAUCAACGCACAUAACAACCUAAAGUAUACGCCUAUCAAGGAUGCCACCUCGGGUCUGGCCUUCUUUGCCACACCGCACAAUGGUGGAGACUGGAAGCUGGUGAGCCUGGGCGGCCUCGCGGCGAAGAUAGCCACGUCGGCAGGAUUUCAGAAGGGCGACGACGUGCUGGAGACGCUGAAGGCAGGCAGCAUCUUCUCGGACAUUAUGCAAGAACACUGGAGGCACCAGCUCCUGAGAUACGACAUUAUCUCGUUCUGGGGAUCUCAAGAUGGA